AUUGAUUUGAACACUACAUACAUACAGCAAACUUCAAAAUCAAAAAUUCCAAUUCAUUUCUUUCUCUCUCCUCCACCUCCGCAUCCACAGCCAUGUCAUGGCUCGCUCGUUCGAUCGCCACCUCUCUCCGCCUCGACGACGACGACGCCAAUCCACCUGAUUCCGACAAUUUCGCCGAAAAAGUCGCCGCCGGAGGAACCGAUUCCGAUCGAAGCGACGACGACGAGGAGUACGCGGACGAGCAGCGUGGAGGAGGAAUGAAGGAAGACUUAUCGGAGUUGAAGCAAACCCUAACUCGUCAAAUUUGGGGCGUCGCCUCGUUUCUAGCGCCUCCGCCGCCGCCUCCGCUACCUAAUCGCCAUCAGAGGCCCGAUCUUUUCGCCGUCGAUCGGGAUUCGGCGGUCUCUGAUGAGGAAAUUGAAGUGGAUUCGGCGAAAUGUAGGAGCGGAGGAUAUCGGGAUUUGGGGCAGAUGUUGCCGUUUAGAUUGGAGGAUCAGAUUGGAGGUGCGGUCGGGAUUACUGAAGAAUCGCUGGCUUUCGCUAGUAAUAUUGCUCAUCAUCCCGAGACGUGGCUCGAUUUUCCGCUAUCCGAAGAAGAUGACAUUGAUGAUUUUGAUAUGUCUGAUGCACAAUGCAAACAUGCGGAGGCUGUUGAGCGUCUAGUGCCCAGAUUAGCUGCUCUCAGAAUUGAGCUUUGCCCUGUUCACAUGAGUUGGGGUUACUUUUGGAAGGUCUAUUUUGUUCUUCUGUACUCUAGGCUCAACAGACAUGAUGCUGAAAUGUUGUCUACCCAGCAGCUUGCGGAAGCACGAUCUUUGUGGAUGCAGGAGUUGCAAAAGCGUUUAAAGCCAGAAUCAUUUCAGAUUAGAAGUAGUACUUUAUAUGAAAAAGAGAGUUCUUGUUCGUAUGCUGAUGAUUUUAUUCCCUAUUCGCCCCGUUUCCGAAAGUAUACGGAUAACUUGACAUCUUCUUUUCAGCCUGCAACUUGUGCGGCCACAGAAUUGGAGAUUGAGAAGUAUCCUGUUGUCAGUUCCGACAGUCCCAUGGUUGACAAGUCUGUUAUCCGAGAAGAGUCAGUGACCCAAACCAGGGAAAAGGGAGCUGUAGCAGGUCCAUCGUCUAAAGGAUCAUUUCGGCAAUUUGACGACGAUGACGACGGGGAUGCCUGGUUGGAGCAACAGUCAGUUGAUGGGUACUGUGGGCCUACCAUAUUUUUUGGAACUGAUGACGAUGUGUCAUUCAGUGAUCUUGAGGAUGACUGUACCACGCCAAUGAAAUCAAAAUCUCCUGUAAAAUAUUCAGAUGUGUCACCAAAAGCCUCAUGAUAUUUGCUUUAUCCUGUUGAAGCUGUUAAAUUUUGGAAGUGUCCAACACACAGUUCUGAAUAACAGGAUCAGAACCAAGCGCAAGCACAGGCAAAAGCUCGAUGCUCAGUGUAUGCACACAGUAAUACAGUGAGCAUUCUUGCAUGAUGGUAACAAAGCACUCAAGUAAUCUUUGGCAGGACAAGACGCAAGCUUGUCUUGGCAGUGUGCAGGUUGAUCUUCAAUGUUCUCGAUGACAGUGGUCGCUGUAAAAUUAUUUUUUUCAAGUUUGGAUAGCUGGUGAAAUUUUGGUAAUUCGUUGCAAAUUCAAUUAAGUAUAUGUUCUGUUUGGAUAGUUACACCAUACAAAAGUAUAGAGCUCAAGUUCAGCGUGGAUUUGUGGACCAGGUGGUGCCUGUAAUGGUAUCUUUUCCCCUGUUGAUAUGUACAGAACACAUGAUGAACUGAAAGAAAGCUUCUCUACUCUUUCCUUGUAUUUACUUGGGUUGAAUUGUAAUUCAUUAUAGAAAGCGAUGAUUCUGA